AUGAAGCCAAACCACGCAUGGACGUUCUGCUCUGCUCUGCUCCAUCUCUGCAAGCGUAUAGAUGCUGUUCUCAUAAACACCACGAUAGACGAUACAUUUGGGGACCCCACCGGGCGUGUUAUAGCGUACCACCCAGUUUCAGCUUGGAAUGAUGGUCCAAAUUGCGAUCACUGCAAUGCACACCCGGACGCAAAUUUCUUAUACAUGCAUACAUGGAAGGAUUCUACCUAUGAUCCAAAGCUGGAAGUACCCUCAGCCUCAGUGACAUUUACUGGCACGGCCGUAUACGUUCUAUGCGCACUUUCCCACUCAAAAGCCAGACCUUUUGGUAGCUCUAAUAUGACCUUCUUCAUCGACGGUCGCCUUGCAGGGAAUUUCACUCAGGAGGCUCCCGGAAACGCUGGCUUCGACUACAAUGUCGCGGUUUUUGUCCGAACAAAUCUUCCUUCCACGGAGCACAAUCUCACGAUUCAAAAUGGAUAUGUCGACGGGCCGCGGACAUUGAUGCUUUUGGAUGCAAUAAUAUACACCCAAGAUGAUGGGAAGUCGGAGGCUUCAUCAAUAAGCGUGGAUCCAAAGGUUGGCCCAACCGCCACAAUACGCGCUUCUACCGAAUCAUCGUCAACAUCUGGGACUGUCAUAAUAGCGGCUGUGAUAGGGAGCACUGGUGGGGUGGCCCUCAUUAUUCUUCUGUACCUCCUCUGCCAUCGGCACCGAUCCCACAGGGCAUCUCAUACUCAGACAUUCAUCACUGCAUCCGGAGGACGCUCUACUCCUAGUCAGUCAUACAUUACAACACCUUUUGUGUACGAAGGACCGCCAUCCCGCCCUGCUGCUCCAUCUUCCGUUCAGGACGAGGAAGCCCCCCCGCCUUAUGGAUAUCCCCAGGGGAAGACGUGA